GGCGUUGAACUUUUCAAUAACCCCGCCUUAAAAUUUUCGCCUUCUUUCUUUUCUCUGUAAACCCCAAAACUCUUCUCUUCACCCCAAAAACUCUUCACUCUACGGUUUACUGGUCGCGGUCUCGGCUGUGGACUGUGGUAAAGGUUGAAGCAUCACUGCUUGAAGGUCACGGUCGAGGUGGAGGAAGAAGAGGUGGAAAGGCGCCGAGUCGAGGCUGCUGAGGUGGUCGAGGUUGCCGGAAAUAAAGUGAUCGUAAAGGGAGGAUGAUGAGGACAAUAGUAGAUCGUGAAUGGAUGUAUGAAAGGGUCAGUGGGAAAUUUUUCAGUUUACCUAUGCAAAAAAAGUCGACGAGUUUAUUGAAUUUGCUUGUAAGCAAGACAAUGUCAUGAUUGAUGGACUAUUGAAGUGUCCAUGUGCAAAAUGUCGUAACGUUCCUUAUUUGAAUCCCGAUGAAGUAAAAUUCCAUCUCUAUCAAAAUGGGUUCCGUCCUAAUUACCAUAGAUGGGCUUUUCACGGAGAAGAUGACUUUGACAAUAACGUUCCACAUAGUGGUUACGCUUCAAUCGAUGACAUAUCAAAUCCAUAUAAGAGGAUGGUUUUAGAUGCAUUUGAACCUAAUUACCAAUUGGAGUAUGCAUUAGAAGGAUCAUCUGAUGUCGAAGAACCAAUUCCUGAGUUCAAAAAGUUCAUUAACAUGCUCAAAGCUGCUGAGAAACCCUUAUAUGAUGGCUGUAAUUUGUCUAUGUUAUCCGUUGCUGCAAGGAUAACUAACUUGAAAUGCGAGUAUAACAUGCCGCAUAAAGCGAUCGAUUGUGUUGCUUCGUUGAUCAAGGAUAUUAGUCCAGAAGUUAAUAAUAAUAUAAUAUGACUGACACCUUUUAUAGAACUCGAAAAUUACUUGAUGGGCUAGAGCUACCUCACCAUAAGAUAGAUGUAUGCCCUAAUGGGUGUAUGUUGUUUUGGAAGGAGAAUAGUGAUCUUGAAAAAUGUCUGUCAUGUAAAGUAAAUCGCUAUAAGACUUCAAGAUCAAAAAGCAAAAAAAAUCCUAGAAAAGUGUUGUUCUACCUUCCCAUUGCUCCGAGGUUGCAAAGAUUAUAUGUAACAAAGUCUACAGCAGAGCAAAUGAGAUGGCAUGCGAGAAAUCCUCGUGUGGAAGGUGUCAUGUCUCAUCCUUGUGAUGGUGAAUCAUGGAAACACUUUGUUAAGUCUUUUCCAUCUUUUUCUGCAGAGCCACGAAAUGUUCGACUUGGGCUUUGCACGGAUGGGUUUUCGCCUUUUGGGAAGUUAGGGCGGCAAUAUUCAUGUUGGCCGGUUAUGUUAACUCCUUAUAACUUGCCACCAUGGUUAUGUAUGAAAAAGCCUUUCACAUUCGUAAGUUUGAUCAUUCCAGGUCCAAAGAGUCCUAAAGGGAAUCUAGAUAUCUUCUUACAACCUCUUAUUGUUGAGUUGAAGCUUCUAUGGGAGGAAGGGGUUCCAACUUACGAUGUCUCAAAAAAGCAAAACUUUCAAAUGAGGGUUAUGUUACAGUGGACAAUUAGUGACUUUCCGGCAUAUGGAAUGUUGUCCGGUCGGAGUACUGCUGGAAAGUUGGCGUGUCCAUAUUGCAUGGAGCACACUAAAGCUUUUACCCUCACAAAUGGUAAGAAGCAAACCUGGUUUGAUUGCCAUCGCCCAUUCCUACCAGAAGAUCAUCCUUUUCGGCGAAAUAAAAGUGCUUUUUGCAAAAAUAGAGCGGAGUAUUCUCCCGCCCCACCAAGAUUAAGUGGUGAAGAAGUAUGGGAACGUGUUUCAAAGCUGCCAAGAACAGGAGAAUACGAACAUUCUCAAUUCUUAAGCCUUCUUAAAGGCUUGGGAGUUCCUCAUAAUUGGAAUAAACAAAGUAUUUUUUGGCAACUCCCAUAUUGGAGCAAACUUUUAAUUCGCCACAAUCUUGAUGUCAUGCACAUUGAAAAAAAUGUGUUUGAUAAUGUGUUUCAUACUGUGAUGAAUGAUAAGAAAAAGACAAAGGACAACUUGAAAGCGAGGAAAGAUUUGAAGAAAUUUUGCAAACGGAGAAAGUUAGAAGUUGCUGAUGAUGCUAUUGAUGAGACUAAUAUGCCAACUGCUCCGUAUGUCCUGUCUAAGGAGAAGAGAAAGGCUUUUUGUGAAUGGUUGGAAGGGUUGAAAUUGCCUGAUGGAUAUACAUCUAAUUUGAGUAGAUGCAUAGACGCCAAGGAGUACAAACUUUUUGGCAUGAAAAGUCAUGAUUGUCAUGUUCUUAUGCAACGUUUACUUCCAAUUGCUUUCAAGGACUUGCUGCCCGUUAAUGUGUGGAAUGCUCUCACUGAGUUGAGCCAAUUUUUUAGGGAUAUUUGUUCAUCUUCUGUAAAAAUAGAAGAUAUGAUUCGGUUAAAAAAAAAUAUACCUGAAAUUCUUUGUAAGUUAGAGAAAAUAUUUCCUCCAAGUUUUUUCAACUCUAUGGAGCAUCUUCCUAUCCAUUUGCCAUACGAAGCAAAAGUUGGAGGACCCGUUCAAUAUAGGUGGAUGUAUCCUUUUAAAAGGUAAAUUAUCGAACCUUUUUUUUUUAAACGAGUCUCACCGACAAAAUAUAAGUGUAUUGACAAAUGCAAGGCGUUUAUGUGUAAUGGUUUUUGUAGGUUUUUAUACCACCUAAAAAAAAAAGGUGGGAAACAAAGCUCGAGUUGAGGCUUCUAUAUGUAAUGCCUACUUAUUAGAGGAGAUCUCUACCUUUUGCUCCCACUAUUUUGGAGAUCAUGUUAACACAAAAGUGGGCAAUCUAGGAUUGAAUCUUAAUGUUGACGAGGAACCUAUUGACAAAGAUCUGCCUGAAGUUUUCAACUGUGACAAUGGUUAUAGUCCACCAGAAGGUCAAUUCGGUUAUCUUACUGAAAAGGACUAAAAUGUUGCCCAUCGCUAUGUCCUUGGUAAUUGUGAGCUACUCUCUAAUUUUGAAAGUUUGUUUGAAGAGCAUGUGAUGAGAACUUAUGGUUGCUUUCAUGUAGAAGAUGUUUGGACCAAUUAUGAUCAACAGUUUUCUUAUUGGUUCAAAGAACAUGUAUUGGAUAUGGGCACAAAUGAUGACAUCAUUUAUUCAUUAGCAAUCGGUCCAACGACAAGGGUACGAAAAUUUGAUAAGUACCACAUUAAUGGCUACCAAUUUCACACAUUCAACUAUGAUGGCUUAUAGACGUAGAGGUGGCUUGAACGGAAGAGGUGCAAUCAUUCGACCUCCAGGCCAACGUAAUACAGGGGUAGCAAAUCCCCACACUAUGGCUGAAGAGUUGAGUCAUGAGAUACCUGGCAAUAGUAUACCCACUCUGAUUCCAAAUACCCAUCUCCACUCAACUACCACCAUACAUUAUCAAAUGCCUAACGUUGGAGCAGCCACACAACUACCUGUGAACAAUGUACCAGAUGGCGUACUUAACCAGGCUGAGGUGCCUAAUUCUAUGACUCAAGCAACAGCUCACCAGGAGCAGGAGCCCCAGACAGACCAAGUGAAUAAUAAUAGUAAUACAAGUGUAUAUGAUGAGACAGGUAAUCCGGAAAAGGUUGAUUCAGUGUUGCAUCCUAAUGGAUUAUGGUUUACCCAUCGUGAUGUGGUUGAUAAAGUAUCUGAGACAUCUUAUAAGGCAUACUUUAAGGGACCAUAUUGCAAUUGGGGUAUGACUUCACUAGAUGUAAAACGGAGAUGGUGGAAUGCUUUCAAGCAAGAGUUCUCAUGGGAUCCAUCAAUAGCUAUGCAAGUUAAGAAGGGCUGGAAAUCAAAAUGUAGUAGGCGUAUUACUGAUAUGGUGUCAAAGAUUUGCACAGAACCUGCCUAUAAUGCAGAAUGGUGCCCUCCUACGAUAAGGGAGCAAAUGAUUCAAAUUAGAUCAAAAGAAAAUUUCCAAGAAAAGUCAAAGCAAUGUUCAGUAAAUCGAAUGGGCAACGGAAACCAAAAAAUACACCAUCGACAAGGAUCUAUAUCUACCGAAGAAGUGAGGCUGAAAUUGGAAAAGAAACUGAAACGUAAGCCAACUGCUGCCGAACUUUAUUAUGAACGUCAUGCUGAUAGCGGAGAUCAAUUUGUUAAUGCCAAGGCAGAAAUAGUGUGGAAUGAAUAUUCAAGUAAAAAAGCUACCAACCUUGAAUGUGAAAGUGAGAAUAAAAAAACAGAAGAUGAGUUGUUCCUUGAGGCUGCAGGUGGGUGGAAUGAGAAGGGAAGAUUAUUUGGUUUGGGUGCAGCUGCUGACUCAUACUAUGAAAGACCUGGAACUGAAGUAAAGAGGGUAAAGAAAUCAAGAAUGCAGCAUGCAAUAGAGUUGGAGAACAAGUUUAUCGACCUGGUUACGGAGAAUGAAGAACAAAAGAAGGAGCUUGAUGCAACAAAACAGAGCCUAGUCGAAACUCAAAAGUCUUGCAGAUACUCAAAACAUUUUGAAGGCCCUUGAACAACAAGUGCAAAUGCUUUUAAAAUCCAACAACAUCACAGUCACUCCUACAUCUUCUCUGACUAAUGGAUGAUUAACACUUAGUUGAUUAACAUAACUUUUUGUACAUGCAUGUGAAGUCAGUAAGUUAUUACAUUUGACAUGCUUCUAAAACAGGUUGAAGCUAGGUAGCAUAUUUUGUAAUUAUAUAAGGCACUAACUAGGUUCCAAUUAGGUAGCAUAUUUUGAGGGCUUCUUCAUAUUUUAACUUACAAUUCUUAGAAGCUCUUCCCUUGAAGCUACAUUUGUAAUUAUGAACUUCUUGGCCUUUAAAUAUGUUCAGAUCAUUAUUUUGGUGGAAA